AUGUCGACCGGUGGUCCUACUAGUUUUUACGAUGUUCCGCGACCUGAUGCCGAUUCCCCGCCCCAACACCAAGAUGGCGAUGACUGUAGAGUAGGCGGUGGCGAUCAAGGGGAUGUUCCUCGUGACGAUCACAGUGGUAGGCAACAGCAGUGGACUCAAGACCAGUCUUGGGAACAGUGGAAUGGCGGAGACUGGGGAUCCAGUCAAUGGGGCCAUUCGUGGGGAAAAGCCGAGCGCGCUUGGGACGGAGCCGACUGGGCUCGUAGAUCCUACCGCGGCUACGGCUAUGAGCAGCACUGGGGCGACAGGCCCACAUGGGGGUCAGCUUCGACCGGAUCUGGGUCCGCAGACUGCGGAGCUCCAGAUCGUGAUUCAAAGGACUCUGCCUCCACAGGACAAUGGGGCGGACACGCGUCUGGUGGAGAUGGCCGCUACUACCAGGAGAACAACCUCCCGGAUGGAUGGGGCCCUUCUACGGACGCUCAAGGCAGAGGGUUCAAAGGGCAACGUUCGGAAGGCACCCGAGGACCUUCAGAGAAGAUGAUUGUUCCCUCCUUCUCUGGAACAACAGGGGACAGCGGCGACGACAUUGGGACUUCCGCGAGGUCCUACUUGAGACAAGUGUCGGCGUGGAGGCGGAUGACACGAAUGAGUGAAGAUCAACAAGGCCUCACUUUGUACCAGCACCUGACAGAUCGGGCGUGGAUCGACGCCGAGAGGUUGGACGUCGACCGACUAGCUUCUCGUGACGGUGUAGAUUACCUUUUGGCUUGGGUGAAGGACCGCUACUUGGACGUUCAGACCGUGCGCGACUACAUGGCGGAGUUCGACAGGGCCCUAGCAAGGUUGACCGAGGUAGGAUGUCAUCUUCCUGAUGUGGCAGCUGCGUGGGUGUUUGUGGAUAGAAUGGGUUUGGAAGAGCAAGCUGAAUUGAACUUGUUGGCCUCAGUGGGAAACCAGUACAGCCUCAAAGCUCUCCAACAAGCGGCUAUCGUGCAUGACAGAGGUCUUCGCAAACCAUGGGAAAACCAAUCCCGUCAUCCUCGCAAGGACUGGAAUGCAUCCAAGAAGCCCCACUCCGCGAACAUGGCAGGCCACGAGGACUACGAGCUCUACGACGUCGAGGAAGAGCACGAAGAGAGCCAUGAGGACGAUAUGCCAGUGCCUGAAGAAGUAGCCCAGGAGCUUUAUCAAGCUUUCAUGACGCAUGCAAGCGCAAAGCAGAAGUACCGGGAAAGCGCUAAGCUACGUGGCAGUGAUCCAGAUAGCCUACGUCAACUUGCAAGUGAAAAGCUCAAGGCGGCUAAAGCAAAAUCCUUCUGCUCAGGCUGCAAACGCAGAGGGCACUGGCACAAGGAUGCUGUUUGCCCCCUCAAUCGUGGUGCAAAUCAGGCCGCCCCACCAGGAUCCACCGGGGCAACUCCUGGUACCACCGUUGGGGGCACCAAGGACUCAGUGAAGCCAAGUUUUCCUUGUCACGUCGUGCACGUGACUUGGGAGAUCAGCCAGAGUGCAGGUCAAGAUUUCCUCGCAAUCACCGACACAGCGUGCUCAAGGUCUGUGGCAGGAGCAGGCUGGAUCGACUCGUACAUCUCAGAAGCGAAGAAGAAGGGCUGCGAACCGGCCUUCGUCGCCUGCAAGGAGGCUUUUCGCUUCGGCGCCUCCAAGAUCUUCGUUGCUUCGUAUGCGGUGGUACUGUGCUUUCAGCUUGGCCUCUGCAAAGUUGCUCUGAAGGUUGCCGUAGUGAAUGGUGAGGUACCCCUCCUGGUGUCUCGAAGUGCACUUGGAAAGAUGGGUCUCGUUAUGGACAUCGAGGCCAACACGGCCACCUUCAAGAGGCUGGGCGUGACCGAUAUGAUCCUCUCCAUCACCGAGACAGGACACCCGGCUUUUGUAGUGAAGCCUACCGUUUUCCCGGCUGCCGCAGAAGCAGACUGCAGCUGGGAUUCUACUGAGAUCAAGAUCUUCUCGUGCGAUGAGCAAUACAUGGUCAUGCCAGAUCAGGGGAGGGACCAGGGUUUACACUUCGAGGAGUUGGGCUUCGAGAAGGGUUCCGGUGAAGAUUUGCAGUGUUCUACUAGUUGGAUGGUCAGUUUGCGGGAGGAUUCAGAACCACACGACGAAGGCGGCUCAGUUUCUUCUACAUGCUCCCAAGGUACCCCGAGCUCCUACGACAGUAUAUUCUACCCUAAGAAGAUCGGUCGAGCUACCAAGAACCUCCUUCUCGAUGCGUCCUUCAACCCCGAAACUUUCGCCUCUUGGUGGUCAUCUACUUCGAUUUCUAACGACUUUUGGGUUGAGAAUGAAGACAAGAGCGACCUCCUCACGGCGCCGACGGUCAGCCGGCCCAAGACCCUCUCAGAGUUCACGAAAGCGGAGUUGAUCACCGAGGCACGCGCGAGGAACCUAUGGUUCCACGAGAGCUGGACAGCCGUCGAGAUCAAGUCGUUGAUCCAAGAAGACAGGAAGAACCCUUCCGCGAACCACCCUGCGAACACGGGGAUGUCCAACAUGACGGUGGACCAGCUCAAGGAGAAGGCAAUGGUGCAGGGCUAUCAUCUCCCUCCUCACGCGACCAAGGGCACGAUCAUGAGGAUCCUGCGAGACCAGGGCGGCAUGAGCGGGGAGAGCAUUCUCGGCUUUGGCCGGUUCCGCGGGAAUCGCUACAAGGACACUCCGGAAAGCUACAGGACGUGGGCGAUUCGAGAGGUGACUACCCACGACAAUCCAUCGGAGGACCUGGUGAUGUUCGCAAAUUGGUGGCAGGGAGAACUCCAUCGUUGGAGGGACUCCCCCGCGACGAAGACGAGCCCCUCGACGGCGGCCGGCUACCUGGACCCCGAGGAGCACGCGAUGAUCCCGUAUGUGGACGAGGCCUCCUCCACGGCAUCGUGGGAUGUGCUCACCCGCGAGGCCCUCGCACAUCCGACUCCGAAGUCCAAGGCACCAUCGACGGGAGCGGGGCAACAGCCCAAGACACCGCCGCGCAGGCGCACGGCAGAGGACACCCCGGUGCCGACUCCUGUUCGGAUGGAUCAAGAAGAGCUGGCCGAGGACUACGAUGAGGACUACGACGAGAUCUACUUUGAGUGCGAUGAUGAAAAGGUCGAGUUCCUCCGGGCGCUUGCUCAAAGCAAGCCUGAGUCCACCGAAGACAGCUUCUUGGAGGCCGAGCCGGAGGACGAGGACGACUUCAUCCGGGAGUACCUCAACCCCCACGUGGACGGCGAGCACAAGGAGCAUCGCGGCGACGAGCACCUCGAUAUGAACUCUGGCGGCAAUGGGGAUGUAAUCCUAUGUGAGCCCUCCGGAGCGUACCACACUCUCCCUCUCAAACUACAACAACAAGAUGAACUGUGUGAAGUUGUUGCCCGUGACAAGUUCAAGAACAAAGAGUUCGGCUACGAGGACCUUCUUCAGGUGGUGAAGAGCAUCCCACUCACACGUCUACGACGUGGAAAAGGAACUCAGAGAGCCGGCGACCAAUGCUUCGAGUACUUCUUGGGAGGCAUGUACACUCAUGGUUCCAUGAAGGGCCUCUCCCGUCGCUCCCGAGCUUUGCCGUGGACUACCAAGUACAUCAACAUGUUCCUCAAGACUAAGUAUGACGGCCGGUGGACUUCCUUUGUGAUCUUCCGCAAUGCCGCUACUGAAGUCCAUACCGACUCCCACAACCUGCGGGACACUCCGGUUGCCACCGUGUCCUUCGGGAACUUCAAGGGAGGAAAACUGUGGAUCGAGGAGACUGACAAAGGCAAGGACGACCCCAACACGGUGAUCCGAAGAGACAACAAGGGGCGCGAGCUCUACGGCAAGACGGUGUCCACCAAGGAGCAGCUGUACAUCUUCGACGGCAAGUCCAAACACGCCACCGAGCCAUGGGAAGGAGAGAGGUGGACUUUGUCUUGUUACACCACCCGAGGGUACGUCGACUCGGACAGUGGCCUCCGUGACGAACUUCGAGAACUACGUUUUCCUUUGCGCGGCCUACCACUACGCGACGGAGACCAUGGAGGAGAAAAGAAGACUUUUAGGCCCUGCAAGAGCGUCAGGAAGGCCCUUUGGAAAAAGGCUGGACGACUGGCUGCACUCACCACAUGGUGCACUUCGGCAGCUACCUCGAGCCUACUCGCGGAGUACCCCCUUGGAAGGGGGGUCGAGGCGGUGAGUUUGUACGAGAUUGGCGGCUACGACAAGACGCUUGAGGUGACCAAUAUGGAGUAUUUGGCCGCCGAACCCUUCGCCUACGAGCCGAACGACCUUGCGGAUGCGGAUGUGGAGACGGUGCACAGAACCCUCGAGGCCUUUACCCCGGCUGUGGUUUGGGUCCACGGUAAGGAGUCCUUGGGAUUUCUUGAGAAGAUUUAUGGAUCUCUUUGCAGUCAUGUCGAACAAGGACACCAAUUGGCUUUGGAAGCUCUCCCUGAUGAUCCAUGUUGGGAAAAUCCGUACAUCCAGAGCCUCCUUGAAAGGUUCGAAGGACGAUGUCAUCGCAGAGAAGCUGAACCGCAUGUUCUCCGCAUCAACGAUGUUCUGCAGAACUACAGCGAUACUAGGCUCGACAGCGAAAAGGACUCCGGCCAGACCCUGGUGCAGUACAUGGCCCAACAUGAUGCACAACCCCCUCCAGAACAACCCAGCUCGUCCACAGCUUCAGGGGCUUCCUCUAUUUCGUUCGAAGGCGACAAGGAGAUUGCGAGCGAAGUGAAGAUUUCUUUGAGAAGGCUCCACCAAAACAUGGGGCACCCCAACAACUUGGAUCUGGCCAGGCAUUUGCGCCUCGCUGGAGCAGAUCCCUCCGUGGUCGAUGCCUGUAAGAAGAUGAGAUGUCAGGUCUGUGAGCGAGCUCGGCGGGGGCGUUCGGCCAAGCCAGCCUCGCUUCCAAACCUCCUGGAGUUCAAUCAAGUGGUUGCAGUAGAUGCCUUCUACGUGUACGCGUCCGACAAGAGGAAGGUCGAGCUCAUGAUGGCCAUCGACGUGGGCACCGGCUUUGUCGCUGCGGGACUUCUUCAAGGACACGGUACAAGCACCAUGGAAGCUUCGUUUUGCUCAAUUUGGAGCAACACCUUUGGGGCCCCCGGGACUUUGGUGAUCGACCUGGAGUCUGGACUUCAAGCUGGUCUCGGAAAAUACAGUGAGUGGCAUGGGACUCACCUGCGCCCUAUCGCGGGGCAGGCUCACUGGCAGAAUGGCACUGUUGAGAGAGCCAUCCGAACCUGGAAGGAGAUCUGGUCGCGUGUGGUGGAUGAAACUUCAGCCACCCAUCCGGAGGCCAACAUGGUCAUCACUUCGGUCAACGCAGCUAUGAACACUUUGAGGCGCGAAAGCGGCUUCAGCCCAUCCCAAGCCGUAUGGGGGAGAGAUCCCAAACUUCCAGAGGAUAUCACUGGCGGGCCACACGAUGAACAUGUGGAGCACAUCCUCUCCCACGACCGACUGCGAGCACGAGAACAUACCUUGAGGGUGGCAGCUAAAAGUUCGUAUUUCAGGUGCCAGAACGAUGCGAGACUGAGGAGAAGUUUGUUGCAGAGAUCACGUGUAGCAGGACCGGACUUGGGUGUCGGAGCCCACAUCUUCUUCUACCGCAAGCCCAAGAACAACAAGAACUGGGAGUGGCACGGUCCUGCAGUUGUGAUUGGACACGAGGGACCGAACACCUGGGUGUCUUUCACCGGACGUUGUCACUUGGUGGCGCCCGAACACAUCCGAAUCGCAAGUUCGGAAGAGUUGGGGUCGGCAUUCACUAUGCGUUCCACUCAACGUGAUCUACAACUUCUACUGGAACGAGAUUUCAGCGAGGAGGCCACCUACGAGGAAGGCGACGUCGAGAUGGAGGAGGACCCCGAGCUUCCACCCGGAGAUGGAGACCUACCUGAACCUCCUGGGGGAGGACGAAGACGCGAAGGACCCGAGGCAUCAGCUCGAGUGGUUAAGAGACAUCGCGUCAAAGGACCCCAAGCUCAAGAUGGCGACCCUCCGGCCGUCAAUGAGGCGAUGAUGAUGAAGCUUCCCAAGACUCCUCGAGCUCGCGAAAAGGCCCUAGAAAAGGAGAUACCAUGGCGACUCAUCCCUGCAGAACAACAUUCUGCCUUCAAGGAGGCGGAACAGAAACAGUGGAGAGAACAUGUUCAACACGGAGCUCUAGAAGCCCUGUCGGUGAGCCAAAGCCGACAGGUACUGGCCACCAAGCCGGACCGCAUCCUGGGAAGUCGCUUCGCGUACAAGGACAAGCUGUGGUGUCAACGUAAAGGGAAUCCCUCCCUCGGAUGGAAGCCCAAAGCUCGACUCGUCAUUCACGGCCACCGUGACCCAGACCUUUCAAAAGGGCUUCCUACUCACGCGCCCACAAUCUCGAGGCAGGGAAUACACCUUCUACUCCAGAUAUUGGCAUCGAACCUGAGGAAGGGGUGGCGUGGCUUUGCUGGAGAUGUGACGGCUGCGUUCCUUUGUGGAGAAGAGCUACGACGCGAACUUUACCUACGUCAGCCCGCCACUGGACUUGGAGACCUACAUCCAGAGCAACUCCUACGCAUCCGCAAGCCGUUCUUUGGUCUGGUCGACUCGCCCUCUGCGUGGUGGACGAAGUUCUACGAGACUGUGGGUGACAUGAAGAUCACCGACGGUAAGAAGAACUGGAAGAUUGUGCAAAGUUCCCUUGAUCAUUGCAUUUUUAUGGUGCAAGAAGUCCUAGUUGAUGAUGAGACCGGGAAGGAGACGCUGGCCCCUCCCCAAGCCGCCCAAGCCUACCUCGGAGUGCAUGUAGACGACGUGCUCUUGGUUGGAGAUGGUCAGCUAUGCGAAGUGGUCAAAGAGCGCUUGAGUCAGGAGUUUCCCAUUCAAGAUUGGGAGACCGGGAGUUUCGAGUACGUCGGAUCCUACAUAGAGAUUCUCUCCGACAUGGUGCGAGUAACCCAAGGCAGCUACGCCGCUACGCGUCUUUUCGAAGUGGAAGUGGAGCGUGAUCUGCCUGACCACUAUCCCGCCAACGACGUCCAAGUCCACGACAACAUGUCAUUGGUGGGUGCUUUGUCAUGGAUGGCCAGCCAAACCAGACCAGACUUGCAAGUCGGUGUCUCCAUGAGUCAGCAGCGUCAAAAGGAGCCUUGCUUGGGAGACAUCAGGUUCACCAACCAGCUGGCGAAGCGGGCAAUGGAGCACAAGGAUGAGGGUUUGACCUUCUACCCGAUCGACUUGGACGCGGCAGUGCUUCUAUGCUACCAUGAUGCCGGCUGGGCCAAUGUUCCGCAGUCUCAGGAAGACCCUUACUACAAGCUCACAGAAGAAGAAGAUCUACAUGGGACGAUCCGCGAUGGGCCCUUUGCCAGGAAGGAUGCCAAAGCCAAGAAGACGAACUCUUCGAUUACCUCACAACUCGGAGGACUUUACGUGUUGGCCAAUGCCUCUGUCUUGACCGGCACCCCUUCUCGCGCAAGUGUGCUCGACUGGCGAAGUGGAGCAUGUGAAAGGGUGUGUAGGUCAACGUUUUCCGCAGAGACUAUGGCAUGUUGCACCGCCUCCGAGACCGGCAUCUUCAUUUCGAAGUUCCUAGAAACCCUCCUCACUGGCAAGUUGGCGAGGACAUCUACCAGGUUUGAGAUGCGGUUUGUGAGCGACUGUAGGAGCCUCUAUGACCAUUUGACGCGUGCCGGAGUGCCCCGCGUCCCAACGUGUAAACGUCUUGCUAUAGACCUUGCAGGGAUCCGAGAAGAUCUCAAAGAUAGUGGUAGGAUAGUGUGGGUGCCUACAUGGGCACAACUGUCCGACAUCCUCACGAAACCCCUGCGGGCAGAAGGAUGGUGGAGAACUUUGAAAUCAGAGCUGAAGCUCACCUUCAAAGAAGGGGGGGGAGAAAUUGUAUAG